UAAGACCGCAGGAGCGCGCGCUUGGGUCGAAAAAACUGUUUGAGUGAAUAGACGGAGCACAGAGGCUUCCUUCUUCAGCAAAUAAAACCGAAAUACAAAAAACAAAUAAAAAAAAGAACUUCGAGGAAAAGUGUUUUUUUGGUCUGUUGACUUUAUUUGUGCUUUGCGGUUAUUUGUGUUUUUUUGCUCUUUGGGGCUGUUGUUUGGCAUGGACCACGUGAAAAUCUAAAGUUCUUUUUAAAGAAUUUCUUCAAGAGAAAAACCAAAAAUUCCUAUGAAUUCGAGAAUAUUUCAUGGGGAAAAAUAACAUAAAUCAUAUUUUGUUGAUCACAUUCUUGAAAUUUUAAACAAAUUUUUUGUUAUUGUGUCUUUGCUGGUUCACGGAUUGCAGUGGUUGACAUACACAUAAAUAUAGUUUGUGAGUGUUUUUUUUUCUUCUAAAAGUGAGUGAAAUAAUAUGGAAAAAAUUAAGAAAAUAAAUUGGCGAAAAAUGUGUAUGGAAAAAAAUUCAGCAAUCUAUAAACUUGCCUGUGUCGCCGUGACCACAAACAACGCCAAACGUUGGCGCUUGUUCGCCGCCACGGUCGCUCAGUAAUUGUCUCCGCCGGCCGCUAUUGUUUUACCAUAGCCCAAAAUGAUUCACUGAAAACGAAAAACAAAAAAAAAAAAAAACAAAAACAAAUAAAAAUAACAAAAUAUAAAAUAAAAACACCAUACCCACAGAGGCAGAGAUAACUUUGUUUUGAUGGCGUUAUUGUCUAUUCGAUUCGAUUGUAACUUUAAUUGACGGUGUACGGGAUACGCGUGUGUUACCUUUUUUGAGUUUUAAUGUGUGCUAAUUAUUCGUUCCAUUUUCGGCAGAUGACUUAAAUGGCAAUUGUCGCUUCCUAACACUAUGCUGCACAUUUUUAAAGUUAUAAUCAGAAAUUGCAUACUUCAAAUUACAAAAAAAUGCCCUACGUGCAAUGUUAAUACAAAUUAUGUAUAAAUCGAACAAGAUCAUUGAUAAUGGAUAAUCCCUACGACGAAAAUUGUGAAUUAUUCUCAAAAGUGAGAGACAGUAAUUGACUAACAGCGGAGAAAAGAUUAACAUUUCUUGCCAUAUUCUGAAGGAACGGAAAACAGAAUUUUAACUCGAAUAAAUAAAUCAUGGAAUCACACAAACGUUUAAAAGUCAUCAUUUGCCUGCUGGUCACAACCUCAACAUGGCUUGUUUAUGGAGCUGAACAAUUACUCAUUGGCCUGCACUCGGACGAACUGAUAUCUGGAGAACUUAUAAUACCGCGAAAAGUCACUAAAAGUGGAGAGUUUAUAUCGCACAACCUCAUACAUCAUCAUGGGCAACAUUACAAACAUAAUCGCAAACGUCGUAGUUUAGACGAUGCAAAUCUCGAACCUGAGGUCCACUAUCAUGUGGACAUUAAAAAUGAGACAUUACAUCUGGAACUAGAACCUCACAGUUAUUUUAUGACACCACAUUUGAUAGUUGAAAGACAUCGAAGGGAUGUAAGGACACGCAAACAUUUGGAUAUGCAUACAAAUUGUCAUUACCAUGGGCGUAUUAAGGAUCAGCCGGAUUCAAGGGUGGCCUUGUCAGCUUGUAAUGGUCUGGUUGGUCACAUAAAAACUGAAAAUAAUGAAUAUUAUAUUGAGCCAUCAAAACCUCAUGCUUCAUCGGCCCACAAUGUUAACGGACAUCCGCAUGUUGUAUUUCAAAGAUCAUCUGUUAAGGAAAAGCAAUCUGCACAGCAGACAAACGACAAAAGGAAGCAACAGCAAAAUAGACGUAAGCAGCAGCAAUUGCAACAGCAACGUAAUAAAUUGCAGCAAAAUGGAACAAAGCGUCAAAGGAGAUCUUUAAGUAAUUGUGGCACCAAGGAGCCAAGAAGGCGCAUAGAAGCACGACUUGUGGAAUGGCAACCACAGGGAAAGGUAAAAAUUCAAGGUGGCAGAAAAAUACGAAGGCUGCAUCAUCAGCAAUCGCAAUAUAAAUAUGAGACUACAACAACGGAUGUAAAACAGCAAGAAAACCAAGAACAGCAACAACAACAACAACAUUCUCAUCACUUUUUCCAGUCGCAUAAGCAAUCCCAUUCGAGUAACAACCACAAAGAAAGCCAACGCAUCUUGACAUCAGACACACCACCGACAAUUGCCUUUGCACCACAAGCAAAACCACCAUCACAUUGGCAACAUCAGCAGCAACCGCCUUACAUUCACAGCAACAACGACAUCGGUGCGCAUGCGCAUCACCAUCAACGCAUGAAACGUUCAAUUAGCAGCCCACGCCAUGUUGAGACUCUAAUUGUAGCCGAUUCCACAAUGGUUGCCUUUCAUGCCAAAGAGGUGGAGUUAUAUCUUUUGACCAUAAUGAAUAUGGUCUCAGCUCUCUACAAAGAUCCUAGCAUUGGCAAUGCUAUUGAAAUUGUUGUGGUUAAGAUCAUACUUCUGGAUGAGGAGGAAGCUCAUAUAGAUUUGAAUCUUACACAAAAUGCUCAACAGAAUUUGGAUAAGUUCUGUAGUUGGCAGCAUAAAUUGAACAGCGGCAAUGAAUUUGAUCCUCAUCAUCAUGAUGUAGCCGUUUUAAUAACACGCAAAAAUAUAUGCGGCAAUAACUGUAUGACCCUCGGUUUGGCCAAUGUGGGCGGCAUGUGCAAACCCAAACAGUCUUGCAGUGUUAAUGAAGAUAAUGGCAUUAUGCUCUCACAUACCAUAGCUCAUGAAUUGGGACACAAUUUUGGCAUGUUCCAUGAUACGGCAAAAAUUGGUUGCCAUCCACGUGUGGGUUCCAUAGUUCACAUUAUGACGCCAACAUUUGGUGCGGAUACUCUGCAAGUCUGUUGGUCAAAUUGUAGUCGCAAAUUUAUAACACACUUCUUGGAUCAAGGUUUAGGCGAUUGUUUGGAUGAUGAGCCCACCCCCUUGGAUGAGUACGCCUAUCCCGAGGAACAACCAGGAAAAAAAUACAAUGCCGAAUUGCAAUGUCGUCUGCAAUAUAAUGUAACGGACAGUGAAGUCUGCUCGCCCAUGUUUGAGAUUUGCUCGACUCUGUGGUGCAAAGUAAAUGGCGAAUGCAUUACAAAUAUGCGACCAACUGCUCCGGGGACAAUGUGUGGAAAACGUAAGUGGUGUCAAAAUGGAAAAUGUGUUCGCAUUGAAUCAAUGGAAAAAGUCGAUGGAUCUUGGGGCAAUUGGUCUGAAUGGAGCGAAUGUUCUCGCUCCUGCGGCGGUGGUGUCUCCAUACAACAGAGGGAAUGCGAUAGUCCUCGCCCAGCAAAUGGUGGAACAUUUUGCAUUGGCGAGAGGAAAAAAUAUAAGAUUUGCAAUCAUCAGCCAUGUCCCAAGAACGAACCCAGUUUCAGGGCCCUACAGUGUGCGAAAUAUAAUAAAAAGCCAUAUCAAGGACAAUUCUAUAAAUGGCUGCCUUACUUUGACAAACAAAACCCUUGUAAAUUGUAUUGCAAUGAUGAAGAUGACACCAUUAUAGCCAAUUGGGGUGAUGUGGUGCUGGAUGGCACACCCUGCACAUUGGGCACCAAUAACAUGUGCAUUGAUGGCAUUUGUAGGAAAGUUGGUUGCGAUUGGAUUGUUGAUUCGGAUGAGCAAGAAGAUCGUUGCGGUGUCUGUGGCGGUGAAGGACUUGAGUGCAAAACGGUAAAAUAUGUCUACAACGACACUCUUAAGGUCAGCGAAGGAUAUGUGGAAAUAGUAGUUUUGCCUGCUAAAGCACGCCAUAUAAUUAUCAAGGAGUUGGGAAAUUCACCACAUUUUCUGGGUGUCGCAAAGUCAAAUAGUAGCCAAUUUUAUUUGAAUGGCGACAGUUUGAUAUCAAUGCCAGGAGAAUUUGCCAUAGCCGGUGCAGAAAGUUUCUAUGAUCGCAUAGAUGAUCAAGAGAUAAUUAAAAUACCACAGCCCAUACAACAUUCCAUAGCUAUAUAUAAUAUCGUGCGAGGCGAUGAACCCAAUGAGGGCAUUUACUAUGAGUUUACCUUACCCGCCUUAAAUGCCAGCUCUUCCAAACACUAUUUGUGGAAAUUGAGUGAAUGGACUCAAUGUUCGGUGACAUGUGGUGGAGGUUUGCAAUAUCGUGAACCCAUUUGCUAUGAAAAUGGAAGAAUUACCUCGGAUACCGAACUUUGCUGGGCUUUUGCCAAAAAUCCACGACCUCAGCGGCUGACGAAAAAAUGCAGUAGCCUACCAUGUCCGGCUCAUUGGUUGACAGGGCCAUGGCAAUUUUGCCCUGUCACCUGCCGAAAUCCCGAUGAUCCAUUGCCAGUGCGCAGGCGCUCUGUCAUGUGUCUGGAUCCGCAUGAUGUCAUUUUGGAUGAUGAGAGAUGUAAUCCGUCCACCAGACCCAACGAUACGGAUUAUUGUGAAUCCAAUUUACCCGAUUGUAGUAUAAGAGAAAAAUUCAAAAAUCGCUAUAGUUAAGACAGAUGGUUUAGUUUAAGUAAUUGAGGGAUGUAGAAGUUCGUUAAGGUUACUACUCUAGAGAUUUUAGGUUUAGUUAAUUUUUUGCAAAUAUAAUAACGCAAUUAAAUAAUUUUGUAAAGGUGGAGUUGGAUACCACUAAAAAUGCAACUCUGCAAUCAUAUCCCACAAAACCUACGCGCAAACGUUAAGAAUUUUCAACUUUGACGAUUGCGUCAUUCUGUGUUGCCAUGCAUGAAGUUGUGUGUUUUUAGGCGCCAAAGUUCAAAAUUCUUUGACUUUUGCGCAUCGCUUUUGUGGGAUUUGUUUGUAGAGUUGCAUUUUUAAUGCGCGCGCAUAGUAUGUAACUCCACGUUGAGUUGUGGGACGUUUUGGUGCGUAGGCUGUCAAGCUCACCUACGUAUCAAAACUACUGAGUUCAAAUUCGGGUUUCAAACCCGGGUUUCAGCAAUAGUCGUUCCAUCAAUGCCAUCUAUUGCCAAUUAAGAACAACUUUUCGUUUUCCAAAUUCAAUAAUUUCAAAUACAAAUUCGAACUAUA